UUCAAGAUGGCGGAAGACAGGGAGGUAUUACGAUACAUCUGGGACGGAAGACUACCUGUCUGUUUCAAUUUAAGUUCAGAUGAGGUGGUUACUGUAGAACAACCGGAUCCUUACUAUCUUUUGGUUCCAAGACUGAGCUACCUGACACUUGUCACGGAUAAAGUUCAGCGACAUUUCCAAAGGGCAAUCAGUAAUGAAAGUGUUGAUGAAGUGUGGUUUGAGUAUGAUGGACAGCCAUUGAAAUGGCACUAUCCUAUUGGUGUCCUGUUUGACUUGCAUGGUUCAGCGGCUUCUUUACCAUGGAAUCUUACAGUUCAUUUCCAGAAAUUCCCAGAAACUGAAGUGAUGAGAUGUCCUGGGAAAGAAGCUAUAGAGUCGCAUUUUAUGUCUGCUGUCAAAGAGGCAGACAAUUUGAAGCACAGAUCACAAGUUAUAAACGCAAUGCAGAAGAAAGAUCAUAAACAACUAUGGCUUGGUUUAAGUAAUGAUAAAUUUGAGCAGUUUUGGGCCGUAAAUCGGCGUCUGAUGGAGAGAACAGGAGAGGAUCCUCACUUCAAGCAUAUCCCCUUCAGAAUAUUUCAGCCUGACAAACAGUUUAUCCAGGAGUUGUUCAGACCUCUUAAUGAAAAUGGCGAGCAGCACACACUGGGUGAUCUGCUACAUGAAUUUGCUCCCGAGGUGUUUGCUAAUGGUACUGCAGAGAUCGAUAAUGAUUGGAGGAUUGUGAUUCAAGGAAUUGAGCCUCCUCUGGAGACUCCUAUACAUUGGAUCAGUGAACAUUUUAGUCAUCCUGAUAACUUUUUGUACAUUGUGAUCGUGCGGGUUGUGUAGUGUUGUUAAAAGGGGAAUUUUUAAAGUCAAUUUUGUCAUCGCGAAUUCUUAGGGGUAAUUCCUAUAGAUCGCAUUUCGUUUCAGUUCGAGUACCUUAUACCACAGUGAUCACAACAGCUCAUCAAAAAAAAAAAAAGAAAAUCUAAUGGGCAGUUAGUGAGAACUUAAAGUCAAAACAAGCAUUCUGCUUUUUUUAAAGUUGUCCUAGACGAAUCUCUACUCUACUUCCGGUCUACUGUACACCACAAGUUACCAAGAUAACGCUAAUUUGUUUUCUAACUCACAAAAUAUAUCUACUCCCACGCGGUGAUGACGUCUAAGAAGAUAUAUUUAGAGAGCUUUUGCAUUGCCCUUCUUUGUAUAAAGGAAUUUGUUUUUGAAAUUUAUAGAUGGAAAAAUUGUAAAUAAACAGUGACUUAAAAGCA